UGGCCUGCAUCCCCAGCAUACACCCAGACUGGGAAUCGAACAGGAGACCUUUCAGGCUGGCGCUUAGUCCACUGAGCCACACCAGCUAGUGCUGGAGCCAGUUCUUUGUAACUCCAAGUCCCACACUUUUAAUCACUUGUGGCCAUCCCCUCCACUGCCCCGGCAGUUGACAGUCCUUUCAGGAAAAAAAUGGGUACAGAUGUAUCAUGUUCAUCUUUUUGGCAACUUGAUGCAUAAGAAGGAGCCCUGGAAGGGCAACUCUUGAAGUUAAUCUACCCAGACUUUUGUGUUUGUUUAGACAGUUACCAUGAAGGCUAUUAGGGAAGAUAAAUUUCUGCUGCCCUUGGCCCCGGGACAAAAGCAGAGGAGAAGAAGCCCUAAACCCUGCUCAGAGGCCCUGAACAGCUGCUUUAAAGAGCCUAAGUCAGGAAGCCUUUAGAAUCUGGGUAAUGCACACAAGUAAAAAAGGCACAGACAGUGGAGAAGACUUGAGGGAAUCACCAUAAGAGAACAGGGAAGGCGUGGUUGUCUCGAGUCUGACUCCGAGGACGGAUGAAUGAUGUUUGGCUGUCAUUACAAGAAGCUUCUGGUUGGUAAAUACUUUCUGGCAUUUCCUUGCUGAUUUCUCAGCCUCACACCGCAGGCCCUGACCACGGUGGGCCACUAUGCACAUGCACAUUACCUGACUCAGGCUGCUGGUGACUCACCAGCUCCCCUUUAAAUCAGGGCUGGGUUCAAGGCAGCCACUGCUCAGAGCGGAGGCCAUGGCUCACAAGCUCUGCUUCUCCUACUGGCUGUUGGCCUGCUGGUUGGUGGUAACUGUGGCAGAAGGACAAGAGGCAGUCACCCCUCCGGGAGGCUCACAAGAUAAUGUGGAUUCUACAGACUGCCAGAUCUUUACACUCACCCCUCCUCCACCUACCACCAGGAAACCAGUGACAAGGAUCCAGCCUGUCACAAGGACACCCAAGGGUCCUUUCUAUUUUUUUCCAACAUGGAGGCCCGGGGUCCACAUUGGGUUUCCAAACAGACCCUUCCUUCCUCCAAGGUGCAACCACCGUUUUCACUUCCGUCCUUUCUUUUGGCCAAACAGUCACUUUAUUCCACAUUAUAGAUAUUUCCCCAGAAGAAGAUUCCGGAGAGGAAGCUCAUCUGAGGAAAACAGAUGGAAGAGAGAAGCUCCAAACCUGCUGAAGCAAAAGAAACCAAUACCUCAGAAAAGACUAUAAAAAGAUUUCUGUUUUCUCUUUCCAAACUAAAACUA